GGUUUCGGCAGAUGCAAAUAUGAAAAGCCGAAGGCAAAAGCCGGCAAAAUUUUUCACUUUUUCUCAAAACCAAAACCUAAUCCCCAAUUGAAAAUUCCUCUCGAUUUUUUUGCUUGCUGCCAUUGUUGAAGCUUUUCCAUUUCCUCACUUAUAAAUAAUAAUAAUAAUAUUUAGGUGAAGAUAGUAAAGAAGCUUGGGAUAAUUUUCAUUUUCAUUUUCUUUUUUCCUGGAUUGAUUUAAAGCGAGGUACAGUGUAUUGUUGGUGGCAUUUAUGGUGGAUUUGCGUUUGGGGGAAAAUAAGAAAGGAAGUAUCGAUUCCUUCUCGGUGAGCAGAGAAAAUUGAUCUGAGGUAGAAGGAAGGAACUAUGGGGUUUUUCCAUUGUUUUGGUGCAGGCGAGAAAUCGGAGCUUAAAUCUCAUCAAAAGAGAGACGAUCCAAAGGAAUUGCUCUCUGCAAUUCCUUCCAGUAUAUCGAAAUUACAAUCUGGCGGCGAUCGUUUGAAGGUGCGGAGCAAUGCCGGGCAGAAGAAGGAUAAUGCAUCGUCGCCGGAUCUUCAGAUCGCGGCGCAGACAUUUACUUUCCGCGAACUUGCCAAGGCGACGGAUAAUUUUAGGCCCGAGUGUUUCCUCGGCGAGGGAGGAUUCGGGCGUGUGUUCAAAGGGAAGCUUCCGAGCGGUCAGGUUGUGGCCGUCAAGCAGUUGGAUCGAAACGGGCUUCAGGGCAAUCGGGAAUUUCUUGUCGAGGUUCUAAUGCUUAGCCUUCUUCACCAACCGAAUUUGGUGAGUUUAAUCGGAUAUUGUGCCGACGGCGAUCAGAGGUUGCUCGUUUAUGAAUUCAUGCCGUUGGGGUCGUUGGAAGAUCAUCUCCACGAUCUUCCGCUGGAGAAAGAGGCUCUCGAUUGGAACACGCGGAUGAGAAUAGCAGCGGGCGCGGCGAAAGGGUUGGAGUAUCUCCACGACAAGGCAAAUCCGCCGGUGAUUUAUCGGGAUUUCAAGUCGUCGAACAUAUUACUCGACGAAGGGUACUCGCCGAAACUCUCCGAUUUUGGGCUCGCGAAAUUAGGUCCGACGGGCGACAAAUCGCACGUCUCGACUCGGGUUAUGGGAACCUACGGAUACUGCGCUCCCGAAUACGCGAUGACGGGGCAAUUGACGGUCAAGUCUGACGUCUAUAGUUUCGGAGUCGUGUUUUUGGAGCUGAUCACCGGUCGGAGAGCGAUCGACCUUAGCCUACCGCAGGCGGAGCAAAAUCUCGUCUCGUGGGCGCGGCCAUUGUUCAACGACCGUAGAAAAUUCCACAAACUCGCGGAUCCGCGGCUGCAGGGGAAGUUUCCGGUGCGGGGGCUUUACCAGGCGCUGGCGGUGGCAUCGAUGUGCACCCAGGAGCAGGCGGCGGGUCGACCGAUGAUCGGGGACGUGGUGACGGCGAUUUCGUAUCUGACGAACCAGGUUUACGAUCCGAAUGCAGCGGCGGCGGCGGUUUCAUGUGGCGGCAGCCGGUCGGAAAAUCGGAGUAAAGGCGAUGGUGAUGGGUCGGAGAAGGAGGAGUCGCCGCGGGAAAAUUUGAAAUCAAUAAAUCGGGAUUUGGAGAGGGAAAGAGCCGUUGCGGAGGCGAAAAUGUGGGGGGAAAAUUGGCGGGUGAAACGGCGGGAAAGGGAGAGUAGCUUCGAUGCUGCCGAGGAUUGAACGUGGGAGAAAUCGAAGAAUAGUGUGUAUCUAUGUAUGUAUAUGUAUGUGGUUUGGAUUUUAUUGUUUUGGAGACUAUUGAGGUAUCAAUGUUGUGUAUAAUUAAUUUUGGAAGAAAUUGCAGAAACUGAUUAAUGGUGUUAUCAUCGAUCACUUGUAAAGGUGGACUUAUGUGUAUAUUUUUUCUUGUUACU